UUCACUUCUACCGAAUCUCCAACUCUAUAACUACUACUAACCCACUCAAAACUACAAAAAGAAAACAUCGUAUCGAAUAGCAGAAACUUCUAAAACUGCCGUGUUCAUAUCGUUGUGGUUUUGUUCAUUUGUGGCUGUUUUUUGCUUAGGAUGGACGCACUACACAACCUUGAGGGCGGGGAUCCCCAAGACGAGCUUCGGAUCGAUCGAAUUGGCGAUGUGGCGGCUGGCGAUGCAGGCGAUGACACGGACGAAGGACAGCAGCAUCCGUUCCGGGGAAACAAUCGUGAUAUGGCCAUUCUGCUAGAUGCUCCCCAAGAGCCUCCGAUGGCCAACUGGUUUCCGGCGAGAGAACGUCCCGAUGAACAGCCACGUCUGCGCAAGAAACGGAGUUUCUACACCAUGGUCAAGCCAUCAUCAUCAUCCCCAAGCCAGGAGCCGGAACAGUGCCUCCUAAUGGCCAACGUCACGAGGGCGAUGCACCAAGUGCGGGAGGAGCAGCGUGGGGAGUACUUCGCCAAUUACCUGGUCGAGAACAUGACCAGUCAGAACUAUCCAAAUGGUGUGGGCCUUCCACAACGCUGGGGUCAGUUCUGAUCAGCCAUAACUUGACUAGUAUUGAGAAGGUCAACGAAACCUCUGCGGAACCUCAGAAGAUCGAGAGAGCUUUUCGGGAUCCCAAUAUACACAUCCACCACCAUUUACUCACCACUUCAUUCUACCAUUACCCCUUCUCCUCGACUAGACCUUUAGUAGCUCUUAGGACGCGAUUCGCUGUUGAAUAAAGAACACUUCUCAGCCAAGUCAGGGCUUCGAAAUAUUCGCGAUUCGCUGUUGAAUAAAUAACACUACUCAGCAAUGUUACGCUUUCGAAUUUCGUUUUUUAGUUACAAUUUUCAAAAUUUGCUUGCAUGUUUGUCACCCAAAAAAAGCGCAUUGUAAUAUUUGAAACACAAAUUUAAACAACACCUUGCUUUCGUCUUUGAUCCAUUGUAUGAAAUAUAUUUUAAUAUUCUUGACUAUAAUUAUAUUAAUGCUAGCUACAAAUAUAACAAA